CCCGGGCCGUGCCGUGCCGAGCCGAGCCGUGCCGAGCCCGGGCGGCGCCGCGCCCCGGCACUGACCCGCUCCGCACCGCUCCGCGCUGCACCGUGAGUACCGCAGCGAGGAACCCCCCGCCCAUCCUUUGCCCCCCGCCGCCAUGCCCUCCCAGAUGGAGCACGCCAUGGAGACCCUCAUGUUCACCUUCCACAAGUACGCCGGCGACAAGAACCACCUGGCCAAGGAGGACCUGCGGCUCCUCAUGGAGAAGGAGUUUCCCGGCUUUCUGGAGAACCAGAAGGACCCCAUGGCCCUGGAUAAAAUCAUGAAGGACCUGGACCAGUGCCGCGACGGCAAGGUGGGCUUCCAGAGCUUCUUCUCGCUGGUGGCUGGGCUCACCAUCGCCUGCAACGACUACUUCGUGGUGCACAUGAAGCAGAAAGGGAAGAAGUGAGGGGGGGGGCCGGCAGCGGGGGCGGCACCCCGGGGUGCUCUGGCACCCUCUUCCCCCCCCCCGCUCGGCCCCCCAAUAAAGGUCCCCGCUCGUGGGGUGUUUUCUACGA